CUAAAAUUCUCUUCGGCAGAAAUUCAAUCACGAAUCUCGAUCAUCUCUUGAUCAUCCCUGCAAUGCGUGGUCAAGUCAAGGCUCGCCACCUCUUCGACACCGCCAGAGUCAUCGACAGUGGCGCUCCCGUCAUCACUCGGAGCCAGGCAAGGUAUCAGCAACCUUGGCCACACUUCCAAGGAGGACUUGACUACUUCUGACUACGGCAGCGGCAAUCCCGAUUCCCGUCAAUACUCUGCCGCUCAGCUCCUCCUCGUCCCAGCGUCGACCUAUAGUAGUAGCAGAAAACGGUCGGUGUAGCCCUUGGUUGUUGGUGAUGAUUCCUUUGUUCAUCAUUUGUUUGUCUUUGAGAAGCAUAGGGUUGGGGAUGUUCUUCAUUGGAAAUUAUGGAAUGCAUAAUCGUUGACUGGUUAUGUAGCUGUUCUGGAAAUUGGUUUGUUCUGUG